CGCAGCUGAAGUUUGUUCUUCCCCACUCACAGGACACUCUGAGGCCUCUCACACACGAGAACUAGACCAAACCAGGCAAAAUGGUGAAAGUUGGCAUCAAUGGAUUUGGCCGCAUUGGUCGUCUGGUGACCCGCGCAGCUUUCCACUCCAAGAAAGUGGAGAUUGUGGCCAUCAACGACCCUUUCAUCGACCUGGAGUAUAUGGUCUACAUGUUCAAGUAUGACUCAACCCAUGGCCGUUACCACGGAGAGGUCAAGGCUGAGGGUGACAAGCUGGUCAUCGAUGGACAUAAAAUCUCAGUGUUCCAUGAGAGAGACCCUGCCAACAUCAAAUGGGGAGAUGCUGGUGCCGAGUAUGUGGUGGAGUCAACUGGUGUGUUCACCACCAUCGAGAAGGCCUCUGCUCAUCUGAAGGGUGGUGCAAAGAGGGUAGUCAUCUCUGCACCCAGUGCUGAUGCACCCAUGUUUGUGAUGGGUGUUAACCACGAGAAGUACGACAACUCGCUCAAGGUUGUCAGCAAUGCUUCCUGUACAACAAACUGCUUGGCACCUCUGGCCAAGGUCAUCCACGACAACUUCGGCAUCAUUGAGGGUCUGAUGAGCACAGUCCAUGCCAUCACAGCCACGCAGAAGACAGUAGAUGGUCCUUCUGGCAAGCUGUGGAGGGAUGGCCGUGGUGCCAGCCAGAACAUCAUCCCUGCUUCUACUGGUGCUGCUAAAGCUGUUGGAAAGGUCAUCCCUGAACUGAAUGGCAAGCUGACUGGCAUGGCCUUCCGUGUACCCACCCCCAAUGUGUCAGUGGUUGACCUGACUGUCCGUCUGGAGAAACCAGCCAAAUAUGAUGACAUCAAGAAAGCUGUUAAGGCUGCAGCUGAUGGUCCCAUGAAGGGCUAUCUGGGAUACACAGAACACCAGGUGGUGUCCACAGACUUCAAUGGCGACGCUCACUCAUCAAUCUUUGAUGCUGGUGCUGGCAUUGCCCUCAAUGACCACUUUGUCAAGCUGGUUUCAUGGUACGACAACGAGUUUGGCUACAGCAACCGUGUCUGCGACCUGAUGGCCCACAUGGCUUCCAAGGAGUAAAACAAUUGUGAUGCUGCAUCACAUUACUGUUUGAAUCCCAGCGUUGUACAUUUAUGAAGAUAUUGUAUUAUCUGUGACAGUAUGGUUGCAGAUAGUCCACCCCCUGCCCUGGUUUGUGCCACAGACUGCAAACAAACACUAGUUAAAUUGAUGACCAACUUAUUUUUGUUAUAAAUUCCCUGUUCUAUUUAAGGUGUACAUCUGUGGUACUGAUGUGUUGAAGUAAAGUCCUCUUUGUGAGAUA